CCCUUGGUGUUCUAGAACUCUGCACAGACCAGAUAGAUCCUUUCUACUGAUAGCCUCUGCCAGGAGCAGGUAAAUACUCCAAAAGGACGACUGGGUUUCAACUUGGUUACAGGAGCGUAUCUUUCAAGUCAGGAAGAGGAAACCACUAAACUCAGGAAACAAAACCUAAAAGUUUCCUUGGUGACUGCCGCAAAGUCAAGGUGCUUUUCUCCCUGACUUAAGCAGACGGUAGCACCAGUGCCUUUCUUAGGAGUCUGAAGAGCUGAGUUGCAGCUGGUGCCAGGAUUCUAGGAACUCAACUCACUUGGAGCCGCUUAAGGUAAGCCAGCUGUCCUAGUCCCUCUCAAGAGGAUCCUUGGCCUUGGCGGGACCCAGAACAUUCGCGAUCCCUGGGAAGAGGAUUGUGAGGAUGGAGAUUUGAGCUGGAAGUUAGGAAAGGUGACCUAGGCGCCUGGCAAGUGGAUAUGGACACAGGGACAAGGGAAGGACUUCUGCCUGGAGAGGCAUGCAAAUGGAGACUCCUCGCUCAGGAAUGUAUUUGCCAGCUGGUUAUGCCCCUCAGUAUCCACCAGCAGCUUUCCAAGCUCCUGUUUCAGGACCUCCAGAACAUACUGGACACCCUGCACUCCAGACUAACUACCAAGGUCCCCAGUCUGGUUAUCCAGGGCCUCAGACUGGCUACACAGUCUCAACUACUGGACAUGAAAGUUAUGCUGCAGCGCGGCUUCCUACUCAAAAUAAUCAGACUAUAGUGCUUAUAAACACCCAGUGGAUGCCAGCACCGCCACCUCUUCUGAACUGCCCACCUGGACUGGAAUACUUAAAUCAGAUAGAUCAGAUUCUGAUUCAUCAGCAAGUCGAACUUCUAGAAGUCUUAACAGGCUUUGAAACAAAUAAUAAAUUUGAAAUAAAGAACAGCCUUGGGCAGAUGGUUUAUGUUGCGGUGGAAGAUACGGACUGCUGCACUCGAAAUUGCUGUGAAGCGUCUAGACCGUUCACCUUGAGGAUCCUGGAUCAUCUGGGUCAAGAAGUCAUGACUCUGGAGAGACCCCUGAGAUGCAGUAGCUGCUGCUUCCCCUGCUGCCUCCAGGAGAUAGAAAUCCAGGCUCCUCCUGGAGUGCCAAUAGGUUACGUGACUCAGAAUUGGCACCCAUGUCUGCCAAAGCUUACUCUUCAGAAUGACAAGAAGGAGGAUGUUCUAAAAGUUGUUGGUCCAUGUGUUGCAUGCACCUGCUGUUCAGACAUUGACUUUGAGAUCAAGUCUCUUGAUGAGGUGUCUAGAAUUGGCAAGAUCACCAAGCAGUGGUCUGGUUGUGUGAAAGAGGCCUUCACGGAUGCAGAUAACUUCGGGAUCCAGUUCCCGCUAGACCUGGAUGUGAAGAUGAAAGCUGUGAUGCUUGGCGCUUGUUUCCUCAUAGAUUACAUGUUUUUUGAAGGCUGUGAGUAGGAACAAAAAUCAGAUCUGUGGUGGGGACCAAUAGGAGACGACGGAGAAGAUCUGAAGUCUACACAAUGAACCUAUAUAAAUUUGGAAACCUGGGGGUUUUUGUUGCUGUUGUUGUUGUUUUGUUGUUGUUGUUGUUGUUUCUUCAUUAAAAUCUCUCAGAAUCAAGCUGUUAUACAUGAGGCAUAGAAUGUGUAAUUUUGCUUCCUAAAUGGUAGUUUAUCUCCUACAUAAUUGGAAUAGAUGUGAAUAAUUAUCUUUAUACACUUCUAAAAUAUUCAUUAAAUUCAAGAUAAAAAUAAGAAAAGUAUGUUUAAAAAUGAAACAUUUUCUCUGAUUUAUUUUCCAUCUUCUAUUCAGUUUAAACCUUGUUAGUGUUGAUUUUAUUAUAAAAUUAUACUUGACUGUAUUAAAACUAGCUAGUUUAUUUCCUAGAGAAAAACCUGCUAUUUUAUUGAAAUUAUUGAAGUUUGCAAUAAAACCUACUUAUAACA